AUGGGGCUGAAGCUACUCUUCCUCAUUCUAUUAGCUGCAGCCAUGGCAGAAGUAGAAACUCAAUCAUCCCUUGAAGGCUGUCCCAGAAAAUGUGGAGACUUAGAGAUUCCAUAUCCAUUUGGCGUGGGAAUACAACCUAGUACGGGUGUCAACUGCUUCUUGGAGGAGUCGUUUAAUCUCACCUGCGACAACUCCACAUCUAAAUUACUCUACAGAGACAAUCUCCAAAUUUCUAGCAUAUCCCCACAAGCAGGUCAAAUGGAGAUUCUCAUGAAUAUCUCUAAGAUCUGUCAAAAUCGAUCAGGAGUAGGUCUUGUCCAACAUCUUCGCACCGAUGAUUUCACCGUUUCCAGCACGCAAAACAAGUUCGUAACUAUUGGUUGCGACACCUUGAGCAUAACCAGGGCCCAGAAUAGCUUACGACAGAACGAGAGCUAUUUCAAUGGCUGCGCAACGCUGUGUGAAAAACCUCCUCCUGAAGAGUUGAAUGAUAAAACUUGUACAGGAACUGGAUGUUGCCAGGUAGAUAUUCCUGCUGGGAUGAAUAGUAUCAAUUUUACAGUAUCAACAGUCAACUUUACCAACGUUUCGAGUUUCAACAAUUGCAGUUAUGCUUUUGUUGCCAAAAGCGACUGGUUUAAGUUCUCUGUUGAUUAUUUGGACUAUUUUCCCCAUGAGACGGCCCCUAUAGUCCUGGAUUGGACGGUUUCAAAUCUGACCUGUCGAAAUUCUUCGAUUUCGAGUGAUCACUGUGCCUGCAAAGACAAUACAGAUCUGGUUCGCUCUGACGAUGGAUAUGGGUACAACUGCAAAUGCAAAACUGGUUUUGAGGGAAAUCCAUAUCAUCCAGAUGGAUGUCGAGAUUUUGAUGAGUGCAACGCAAGCAAUAAUUGCAGUAUCUCAACGCAGGCGCUGUGUCACAAUUUCGAUGGUGGCUACAGCUGUUCUUGUCCACCUGGAUACACAGGCGAUGGCUAUGUUAAUGGAACACACUGCACUUUGAAGGCUUCAUCUCAUUCAAAUUUGCGCAUUCUUAUAAUAGCACUAGGCAUUGUUGUUGUCUUAUUGGUUGUCUUCACAUUAGCUUCCACAACAUGUUUGGUACAUAAGCGAAGAACCUUGAAACAAAUCAGGCAAAGAAAUUUUGAACAAAAUGGAGGAAACUUGUUGCAGCAACACAUUUCACAACAACAGAGCUACGCUGAAAGAAUCAAGAUAUUUACAGAAAUUGAGCUCAAAAAUGCCACAAACAAUUUUGAUGAAGGUAGAAUUCUUGGUUGUGGGGGACAAGGCAUAGUUUAUAAGGGAAUAUUACCGGACAAUACACAUGUUGCCAUUAAGAAGUCCAGAGUAGGAGGAGAUGCCCGUCAAAUUAAAGAUUUCAUCAAUGAAGUGUUUGUGCUUUCCCAAAUAAAUCAUAGGAAUGUGGUCAAAAUUUUAGGGUGUUGUCUUGAAACUGAAGUUCCUUUAUUAGUUUAUGAGUUUGUGGACAAUGGUACUCUUUUUGACCACAUAGACCCAUCAAAGACUGGACAUUUUAUUACAUGGGAAAGUCGAUUAAGAAUUGCCGCAGAAACUGUGGAGGCUAUUUUAUAUUUACACUCUGCUGCUUCUAUUCCCAUUAUUCAUCGUGAUAUUAAAUCCACCAACAUUCUUUUAGACCACAAUGACAAAGCAAAGGUGUCGGACUUUGGAGCUUCAAGACUUGUUCCUCUUGAUGAAACUCAAAUUACCACUGUCGUGCAAGGGACACUAGGAUACUUGGAUCCAGAGUACCUUCACACUGGUCAGUUGAAUGAGAAGAGUGAUGUUUACAGCUUUGGAGUUGUUCUUGUGGAGUUACUCACUGGGAAUAAAGCAGUUGCAUUCAAUAGGCCAGAACUAAGAAAUUUGGCAAUGUACUUUGUAUCUUCUGUGAAAGAAAACUGCUUGUGGGAAAUUCUUGAUAGGAGAUUAGAGCAGAAGAAGAAUGCAAAGCAGCUAAAGGAUGUAGCCUUAUUGGCUUUGAGGUGUCUGAGAGUUAAUGGACAGGAAAGACCCACUAUGAAGGAGGUAGCAUUGGAGUUACAAAACAUGAUUGCAGUGGAAAUGCAUCCUUGGGUGAAGGAUGAGGCUAUGAAGGAAGAAGAGGCUAUGAAAGUAGAAGAAAGUGAAUACUUACUUGGUCACGUACCUAAUGGAUAUGGGGAUGCCAGCACUAGCAUUUCAGUUGCCAGCCAUGAUAGCACACAAAAGCAGAUAGCAUUUGAGAUUGCAAAUGGGCGAUGAUCUUUUUAGCAUUUAAAUAUGUGUUUUUGUGCGUUUCUCCUUGUUUCUUUCAUAGGGAAAUAUGUGAAUAAUGGUAGGGUUUCAGUUGGCAUUGUAUUAGAAGAAACCAAUAAGGUAUUUGUUUGGAUCAUACACUUAGGCUUUCUUAAUAAGA